AUGGCGAAUGCGGCGCCCCCGGCACCUGCGCUGCCGGAUGCCUUGACUCGGGGGUCAUCAGACCUUCGCUUCUUGCUUCAGCGGCAGGGGAUCGAUGAUGAUCACCAGCGGACGCUCUUUUCUGCCGGGGUUGAUACCUUGGACAAGUUUAGUGCUUUCGCGACUGGGGAAGCUGACUUGCUGGCUGUCUUGAAGGAUGAGUUUCGGUUAGAUCCCACGGCCGGUCUUGCGGCUCGUGGGCAGGUCGCAUCUUUUGUUGCAGCUUGGAAGGCUUCGAAGGUUCGUGUGCAGCGGCAGGCAGAAGUGGAAGCAGAACAGGACACCCGGGAAUGGACCAAGCCGAUCCCUACGGCUGAGUACCUCCUGCUGCGCCAGGCAUACGUCAAGACCUACGGCACCUUGGAUGAACGCGUCUUGCCAUCAAAAGAAUUUCUGGAAAAGAAAUUGAUGGAGGUUGAGCACGGUGAAUUUAAGUCCGAGUCUCUGCAGGAGGUUACGACGCGUGACGAGCUCGAUCCCGAUACCCUUAUGGAUGCCUCGGACAACGUCAUCCACACUCCUCCAUGGCAGCUCGUCUUGGCGUAUGAACAGGCCAUCCGCAAGCAAGCCUUUCACUACAUGGUGGCUGACAACUCUCCCAUGGGGGCAUCCUGGGAGCGUGCAUGGAAGGAUCCGGUCACUAAGGAGCGCCACUUCUCCACCCCGCUCUCCCUCUACUCCAAGCGCAGGCCCGACAACAUCAACAUGCCGGCCCGGGAGACUUGGAUUCCUCGGCCGCCAGGCAAGGGGCAGAAGGGCACCAAGGGUGCCAAGGGGCGCGGCCGUGGAGGACGCUCCUUCCGUGGCCAUGCGGCCACGAAGACCGGCGAGCCAAUCUGCUUCAGGUACAACACCGAGGAGGGUUGCUCUCUGGCCAAUUGCAAGUUCAAGCACAUUUGCAGCCAUUGUUUCGAUCAUAACCACAACUUCGUUGGAUGUCCGAAGCGGAAGCCUGCCGAUACGGCAGGAAAGCACUGA